AGGAAGGAAUCAUAAUCUGAAACAUGAUGCAAAAUGGUUGCGACAUGAUUCAGUGUUUCCCAAAGGCCAUAAAAACCAAUUUCAAUUCGUUGCUUACGCUCUGUUCAAGCUUUGGCAUCACCGCUUUCUUGGAAUCAAACUCAUAAGAAGGUUUGUUAACCCAUCAGUGUUGUACGACUUCAACCAUACCGAUGCCAUCGUUGAUGUUUUUCCUUUUCUCUUGACAACGAAUACAGCGACACAGCAAUGAACAUGAUCAGCAACAACAUUUUGUUUUCGUAAUGCUUACGCUUCUGUGUUAAACACCUGAUGUAGUGGAAAUCCUAGCUACUAGCGAUGUAUCCCUAGCAAUUCCCUGUUUUGUUUCAAAGAGUACUCAACAGUCUCUGUAGGUCCCUCACUUACAGGAAUCAAUCGUCUUAAAAGAUGGCAGGAGCUCCCGCGCAACACGACGAGCAGCAGCAGCGCGUGUUCGUUCCGAACCGGGCUUUUCGUUUGAUGAUCGAAUUUUUUGCCAAAGUAUGGGACAAGGAUGCGGUUGCCGACAGUGCGGACUCAGGCGCUGCUAACAAGGCUAAGACGAGUCCGCCUUCCGCGUGGAAAGCGGGAGACAUCGACUAUGCCACGAUGAUGGAUCGGGUGUGCGAGUAUGUCGACGCGUCAAAUUUAGAACCAGAGUGGGCUUUGCGAGUAAGGAAAGUGCUGAUCCUGAUUCUGAUGUCUCUCGAUUACAUCGACUCGUUCUUGUUUGAACGCAUGACGACGGAAGAAAAAGAUACUACUCGCCAUUUAACGCCGAUAAGACUGGGAUUGUUGAGGUAUAUUGCCAUAUAUAUUGAGGCGAUGAAGAUGUUGAUGCUGUUGUUCUUCUUGACACUGCAGGUAUUGCAUUUGCAUGAUGAAUUUGUUUGUUCAAACAUCUCUUUAUCUUCGUUCAGAGUCUAUCCGAAUCCCGUUAGUUCUCUGCUAUACACGAAAUCCAUCAAAAAUAGGUUUUCCGCCCACUGGGUGCUUGGCGUAGACAAGAACAAUGGCGAAGCCGCGAUACGAGCAGGACAAUUCGCAUGUGCUCUCGCGCAGAUGUUCUGGCCCACUGACGGUGAGUAUGUCCGGCAGAUAACGAAUCGUUUUCAAGUUGGUGCUUUCGAGAACUGGAAGCGCCAACGAGAAGCCGAGCAUAAUCAGGGUUCUGCCUGGCGACGACAACAACAGCAGAAUCCGUAUCAUAAUCAGUACAACACAACACCGACUCCUACCCCGAUAACGCCGAAUGCAGGACAAAAUAGUGGACAUAGUGGACAAAUGAUUUUAUGGUGGUUCUUGUUAUUUUGGGAGUUCUUUUAUGAUUGUGGUCCUUUUUUUGUCGAGCUCGAGUCAAUCUCAAUUUGUUCCAUUAACUAUGUUCUUAUCUGCAAUUUUCAUGUUUCACAACUGGCCAAAAUUGAAAUGUAACAUCCUCACGAAGAAGAUCAUGACAGUUCUAAGUUUCGCUGGCUUAGGUGGCACGCCGAAUGGUCCGCCACUUCUUCCCGGCGCUCUUCUAGAUCACCGCGACGGAGUCAGUCCUAGCAAAGGAAUUCCUGGUAUGCUUCCACCUCAUGCUGUAAAAGGCACGCUUCCUCCAGGCGCAAUCCUCAGAGGCGGACCCUACACCCCCGUAGGUCCAGGUUAUGAGUGUAGGGAAUGCAUCUCCAAAGUCAUCUGGACAAGGAAAUUAGAAAAGACCCAGAUGGUCUCUGAUGAGAUGCAUUCCGUAUACCUCUAACCAGGCGGUCAAUUCGUGCGAGCUGGCGUGAGUCCGUCACCGGUCCCGGUGUCGCCAGGGUUUCCGGGUGCGAUUAUGGGCCCCUUUGGCGGACCGCCGAUGAUGGCGAAGGGAGUUGUAGGUGUGGCGCCGCCCCCACCUCACGGAGGCAGCACGCCAGGAAGUGCGCCACCAAGAACGUCAUUGACACCAAAAACGUCAAGUGUGAUGAUACCGGGAAGCGGAGGAGCCGGUUUGCCGAUGCAAGUAGAUCAAGAUGGCUCUUCUGCUGGAGGACCAAAGGCUUCCAGAACAUCUUUACCCGGACUAGCAACACCUUCGGCUGCAGCAGCAGCAGGAGCAGGAUCACCGGCAGAGAUGAAUGUUAAGACCGGUAGUGCUAGUGCUAUUGAGGAGAAGAAAGACUCCAGUACUGCAGAAAAAUCAGGUGACCCAGCAGAGGACGACGUCAUUGCAGCAGCUCGUGCAGCUGCAGCUGCCGCCGCUGCCGCUGUUAUUGUUGGUGAGUCUCCUGGCGCUUCGGGAUCGGGAGGAAAGAAAGAAGGUGCUGCUGCUGCUGCUGCUGAGGCUCCAGCUUCUGGCGAACCUAGGAAAAGUGAAUCUUCCAAAAAGAGUUCGCUAGCUUCAGGAGGAGAAAAGAAGGAUGAUAAAGACAAGAUGGAUGUAGAUUCUGAGGCAAAAAAGGCACCUGAAGAUGUUCAGGAAAAGGAAAAGAAAAAAGAUAAAGCUGAACAAGAGGCCGAUAAAAAUAGUACUCUAAAAGGAUUUGCCUCUCCAUCUCCCAAGGAAGGUAGUAAAGAUUCCUCGCCAAAAGAAGGCAGUAUAAAAGGGUCUAGUUGUAAGGACGACGACGCUUCACCUCGUUCCAAUUCUUCUUCUAGUAGUAGCCGUUCUUCUCGAAGUCGGUCCUCUAGAUCUCGAAAAAAUCGAAAAAGAAGCCAACAUAGCGACGAUUCUCAUAGCGAUUCAGAUUCAGAGUCGUCCCAGGUUGAUUUGCUGGAAACUCCAGCCGAGAUCAAGAUCGCCUUGGAGCAGCAAGCCAAAGCAACCGGAUCCGGUGACGCGUUAGGCUCGAAAAGCACUUCUUCUUCGAAUCUUAGAGGCCAAUCGACCCUACAGGGUGAGCCCUUGGACAAGGAGCUUGGUCGCAGUCUCGACAGGAUAUCACAGGCGAAACAGAACAAGAACAAUAGUGCUGCAGGGAUUUCAUCAACAGGUGCCGCAACGGGGUCUUCAGCUGCAUUAGGUCAGCCAACGCAACAGAACCAGCACUUGCUGCAGCCGCCAGGUGGUAGCAAGUCUUUGGAUUUCGUCGGGGGGUUCGCACAGCUGAAGCAUCUGCAGCUGACUGGCCUCCGAGAUAAGCGACAGCUGGAACUAGAGCAGGAGAAACUUCAGAAUCGGAGUUUCGUGGAUAGUGGUACACAAACUGAAGAUCGUGUGGAUCUCUACGAUCGACGCGAUCUCGUGACGAUUUUAUCCGCUGACAGCAGUCGUUUCGUCUCUGCGCGAACUGCGGAAGAGCUUAAAGAGGACAACGACAAGGGUGUCUCCUGUUGCGACUCUAAAAGUUUCUUCAGCACGCAUCUUUUAGCGUUGUCUAGUGGCAGUUUUGACCGGGAGGGGCAAAGCUCAGCCAUUGCUAGAGAUCUGUUAGGAAGGGCCUCAGGCGCGGCUAGUCUUCUGGGGCCAGGUGUGGUUCCAGGAGGACUAACUGCUGAUAAUUCCGGCACUGCGUCUGCCGGAACAGCUGGAGGAACAGUGAGCGCAUCAGUUGGUACCUCAGUCGGAGGAGGACCAAACACAGCAUCCGUUGGUACCGGAGGGCCUGCUGCAACACUGCUAAACAGUGGUGGCAGCAUGGAUAGCCAGGCAGGAGGAAAUCAGCCCAGAGUUUUGAGUACAAUCAUGGAAGAAUGAGACGGUGAAAACUUGGUCUUGGAGGACAUUCUUCAUCCAAGCACCAUGAACGACAGGAGUACGUCUACAACAAGAACAUCAACUUAUCGGCACUCAAGGACGCCGACCCAUUCGUCUUUCUUCUAUUACAACACCACUUGUACGCCUACGCGAACGCGAAACAAGACAUUAUAAAUAUAUCCAUUUUGGCUAACCCCCUCCAAUUCUUGACGGCUCUUGCUGUCUUCAUCACCAUAUGUCAACUUAUAACCUGUUUAC